UUCCGGCACCGGCGUUGCUGUGAAGAUGGCGGCGCCCAUGGAGCCGCUGACAUUGGCGGGCGGAGUGGAGUUAGCGUGAAGAGCGGGGACACAUUCCCCGGAGACCAGGGUUACGGGUAGUUAUCCCGGGAAGAGAGGAAGCCCGGCAGAUUGCGAGGAUGAAGUUGAAGGAGGUAGCGCGCUGGAACUUGCGUGUCUCCCUGGUCUAUGCAGUCGGCAUCUGGACCAUGCUCGGCGCCUACGCCUACUUACAGUUCAAGAAAAAGCGAGAGAAGGCAAUGGUCGAGAGCAGCACUGAGAUCUCUACAGCCACUCUGCCACAGGAACAUGAAACGAGUGAUGAGCCACAAAAGAAAACAAAGAAACACUUCAUGGAGGAACAUGUUGUGGUCAAGGAAGGUUUCAUCCCCUUUUCAUCCAGAAUCUACAACUAUGCAAAGUCUUUCUAUGACGGCUCAUCUCAUCAUUCAACAGAGAAAAGCAAUUCAGAAAAAUGACUGGUUCCAGCAGCAUUGCUGAAGGUUUAUGCUCGGCCCUUGCCUGAUGCACUAAGGAAUUUUCAAAGCAUGUGCCCUCAAUACUGCCUCGCAUUGUGCAAACUUCAACAGACUGCUUGAUAUCUCUUGUAGGCAAAACUCUGUAUCAGUUACACUACAGUAACAGCCCCACCAGUUGGGGCAGCGCAGUGGCGCAGCGGUAGAGUUGCUGACAUAGCGGCAGAGACCCAUGUUCGAUCCUGACGACGGGUGCUGUCUGAGCAGAGUUUGUAUGUUCUCCCCGUGACCAUGUGGGUUUUCUCCAAAUAUGCCGGUUUCCUCCCACUCUCCAAAGAUGAACACGUUUGUAGGUUAAUUGUCUUCGGUAAAAUUGUAAAUUGUUCCUAGUGUGUCGGAUAGUGCUUGUGUACAGGGAUCAUUUGGUUGGCACGGACUCUGUGGGCCAUUUCAGUGCUGUACCUCUAAACUAAAUUGAACUAAGUUAAUCUUAGUAAUACUGUACAGAGAUUGCCUGUUUUCAGUGAAUAGCGUCCAUUGGAUCGACACUGUGGUGACAUCUUCUGGACUGCAACUUCAGAAGAAAGCGGGUAUUUACAGAUUGUCAGCGAGAUUAUGCCGCAAGGAGUACACCGUGAACGUCCAGCCGCCAUAUUGUCACACAUAGACAAUCAAUCGACAGUGAUCUACGAUCAAUGCAAGGCCAUUUUCCUCCAUUUGUUCCUUUCUCCAAAGACCUUGGUGAUCUAUCAGCGCUCUCCUCUGUUGCUCUGAAAUUAGCCAGUUGGAGCGGCUGAGGCGAUUGACCCUUUCUUUCUGUCAAGAAGGGUAAUACGUUUUUAAAGCAUGAUUGAAAUGCAACCCAGGUGAGAAUACUUCACAUAGAACAUUACUGCCUCUGGGCGCAAUGUAUUAUUUUCAUAACAAUACAGAAUCUUAACAGUACAUAUUCACAACGCACACUCAUGCUUUUUGUUACAAAGGUCAAUUGAUGAAAAAUGUUUAAAUUAAUCUACCACCAUUACAAUAUUCAUUUGGGAUUUGAAAGAAUGGUUUACACAAUAAAUGCGGCACGGUGGCACAGCGGUAGAGUUGCUGACUUAAAACGAAUGCAGCGCUGGAGACCCAAGCUUGAUCCUGACUACGGGUGCUGUCUGUACGGAGUUUGUACGUUCUCCCCCCCUGACCUGUGUGGGUUUUCUCCGAGAUCUUCAGUUAACUCCCACACUCCAAAGACGUACAGGUUUGUAGGUGCAUUGGCUUGGUGAAUGUAAAAAUUGUCCCUAGUGGGUAUAGGAUAGUGUUAAUGUGCGGGGAUCGCUGGUCGGCGCGGAACCGGUGGGCCGAAAGGGCCUGUUUCCGCGCUGUAUCUCUAUACUAAACUAAAGUUAAAAUCUGCCGAGCACAAUUGUUAAGUGCCUGUUGAUUUAAACUCUGCAUAAAGUUCAUUAAAAUUGGAUGUUGUCAAAUUAACUGUUUUACUUUGGUUUAACAAUUAGAAAUUGAUUCACAUUGCACAUGCAUGUAUAAUUUUCUUUUGUGAAAUGCCAUUAAAGAUCAGAAUUUUAUGCAUUUUAUUUGAAGUUAUGCAAUUGUUCAGUUUCAGUUUCUCAGUUCAGUCCAGUUUAGUUUAUUGCCACGUGCACCGAGGUUCAGUGAAAAACUAUUGCUAUCCAGCCAGUGGAAAGACGAUUACAAUUGGACCAUUUACAGUGUGUAGAUACAUGAUAAGGGAAUAAAGUUUAGUGCAAGGCAAACCCAGCAAAGUCUAAUCAAGGAUAGUCCGAGGGUCACCAAUGAGGUAGAUAUUAUUUCGGGACUGCUCUCUGGUUGUGGGAAGAUUCAAUUGCCUGAUAACAGCUAAUCACAUAAUUGGCUGUUCGUAUCAAUUGAAAGUGCUUCAAUAUCUAGAUUUAAUACUGGAUACAGGCACCUGCCUGUAAAUGGAUCUUAUAUUGCUUUCAACUCUAGAGUUCUGCCACUUUAGUCUCACUUCAUCUAAGUAAUAAAUAUGUGAACAUUUGCUACUGCCCUGGGCACAUAUCUUGUUCCAUCCAAUCAUCAUAAGUGAUAGGAGCAGAAUUAGGCCAUUCUGCUCCGUCAUUCAAUCAUGGCUGAUCUAUCUCUCCCUCUUAACCCUAUUCUCAUGCCUUCUCCCUUGGGGUGGGAGAUUGCAACCUUCACGUGGUCCACCCUGUUUCGACGAAUGCAAUCGACCUGGCGUGCACAAACAGAAGAUCAAACAGAACAAGUUGUCUUACAACUUUAGGCUGUGCAUGCCAUAUGCAAGAAUAAGAAGAUACAUUCUCCCCAUAACCCCUGACACCUGUACUAAUCAAGAAUCCAUCUAUCUCUGCCUUAAAAAUAUCCAUUGACUUGACCUCCACAGACUUCUGUGGCAAUGAAUUCCACAGAUUCACCACCUCUGACUAAAGAAAUUCCACCUCAUCUCCUUCCUAAAGGAACAUCCUUUAAUUCUGAUGUGAUGACCUCUGAUCCUAGACUCUCCCACUAGUGGAAACAUCCUCUCCACAUCCACUCUAUCCAGGCCUUUCACCAUUCGGUAAGUUUCAAUGAGGCCCUCCCCCAGAUGCUAAACUCCAGUGAGCAGAGGCCCAGUGCCAUCAAACGCUCAUCAUAUAUUGACCCACUCAUUCCUGUGAUCAUUGUUGCAAACCUCCCCUGGAUCCUCUCCAGAGCCUUAAAUCCCCGUUUUUGUAUUCUAGUCCUCUUGAAAUAAACACUAGCAUUGCGUUUGCCUUUCUUAAUGCUGAUUCGACUUGCAAAAAAAAUAAAUUCUUAAGGAGUUGGACAGGCUAGAUGCAGGAAGAUUGUUCCUGAUGUUGGGGACGUCCAGAACAAGGGAUCACAGUUUAAGGAUAAGUGGGGGAAGUCUUUUAGGACCGAGAUGAGAAAAACAUUUUUCACACAGAGAGUGGUGAAUCUGUGGAAUUCUCUGCCACAGAAGGUAGUCGAGGCCAGUUCAUUGGCUAUAUCUAAGAGGGAGUUAGAUGUGGCCCUUGUGGCUUAAGGGAUCAGGGGGUAUGGAGAGAAGGCGGGUACGGGAUACUGAGUUGGAUGAUCAGCCAGAUCAUAUUGAAUGGCGGUGCAGGCUCGAAGGGCCGAAUGGCCUACUCCUGCACCUAUUUCUAUGUUUCAAAUACAUAUUUUGGGAAUCCUGCACCAGCACUCCCAAAUCCCUUGGCACCUUCGAUUUCUGGCUUAAACAAAACUCAGGCCACCCCCUGCCAACGGUUCAAUGGUAAUGUAUUGCCACGUGUACUUGUGACAAUAAAUACAGUGAAAACU